AUGUACAUUGUGAACCACAUCGGCGGCCCAGGGCUAGCGAAUGAUACCAUCAAUGGAUCGUUUCUACCACAACUGCAUGUCUACGUCGCGACCGGGAUUCGGGACAACACAAUUUACAUGAGCAUCGAGUUCCAUACCGUUGGCACAAGACGCUUAGUCGGCGUCACAAACCUCAAACUUAGCCCGACCUUCAAAAUGCCAUCAACCAAAGACACGGCCGAGAAGCCCCCUCAAGUGGUCGAUAAAACCACCGACUUCGACCAAAAGUUCGCCUCCGUCGAAGAGAAGAUAAAGCCCAGUAGGAAAGGAGAUACUUAUCCAUUAAAGCAAGCAUCUCAGCCUCCACCAACGCAUGCCAGCGGCAUAGAAACUCCGAAGGAGCUUUACGAAAAGCUUAUACCAAGUAACACAAACCGAAACAGCGAGGUAUAUAGACGAGCAAUGUUCAAGGUAUACAAGUUGGAGCAUAAACUCUGGGCGCAGAGGAAGAGGACUCUUGAUAAGGAAAAAAAGGUUCAGCGAAGGACUAAAAGCUUUACCAGGAAACAGGAGAGGAUGUUGGCAGCCGUGGCUCAAAAAGAAGAAAAGUAUCUAGAUGCUGAUGGAGAGGCUUAA